CCUAGAAGCAGAGUUGUAGAGAUUUUGGGAUCAAUUCAAAUGGCUUUAUGGAGAGUUUGUAAUGUUUCAUCCACCUUCCUCAACUACUUGACCCGUCCCUCUGCUUUCGCCUCCCGCAAUUUCACGACUGAAGUGGCUGAAAAAGGUACCCAGUCAUUGCAUAAUAGUAUGAUGAACCAGUUGGCUCAUCUCGAUAUCAAUUCCCUAAUUGGGAGUUGCAUGCAUCUUGCGGCUAUGCACAUUGGUACUAUUAUCCACAACAUUGAGGUGAACCCUGGUCAAGGUGGCAAACUUGUUCGAGCUGCAGGAACCUGUGCCAAGAUUCUCAAAGAACCUUCAUCAAGCAAAUGUCUAAUUAGGCUUCCUUCAGGUUCUGAAAAGUGGGUGGAUUCUCGUUGCAGGGCUUCCAUUGGUGUUGUGUCUAAUCCUAGCCAUGGGGCUGAGAAGCUCCGAAAGGCCGGGCAAAGCAGGUGGUUGGGUCGCAGGCCAACUGUUCGAGGAGUAGCAAUGAACCCAGUUGACACGUUUUUUCAAAUCAAGUUAACCAACAAAAUGACGUUUAUCACAUUGACAAAAAGAAUCGUGUUAACAGAGGUACGUUUUUUCAAAUCGCGUUAUCACGUUUAUCAAUUUUUUUAA